AUCCUUACUAAUCAUUCGUCGACAUCAUCCAGUUGUGUCCAGUCGACAAACGCAGUGUGUGCACACGCUACAGUCUCACGUUUCACUGCUGAUCGCGUUGGGAUCUAUACGUUUUUCUGAUUAACGUCGACCACUUCCGCCAACCAUGCAUCAACAGGUUGGAUUAUGCCUGGCUGUGCUUCUUUUUGGACUAGCCGCUUGUCAGAAACCGGAACAACCAAAGAAUGCCACGGUAGCCGGUUCAAAGGAGGUCGGGAUGCCGGCCGAAGACAUGCAGCCGGCAGCUUCCGGUUACCAAAAGAGCUAUGAUAAGCCAAAGCCAAAGAAACCUUAUUACGGAUAUGGAGGUUAUCCUUCACACUACCCUGGAUCAUCGUACGAUUCUCAGUAUGGCUAUGAUAACUACGGAUAUGGUGGCUACGAAGCUCCCGCCUAUGGCUACAAGCAGGACUAUGGAUACAAACAAGAAUAUGGUUAUGCCCCUGCUCCAUAUGGCCGAUCGUACGAUUCUUAUGACAACAAGCCCAGCUAUGGAUACCAACAACCUAACUAUGGUUAUCAAAAGCCGUCCUACGAAAGCUACGGUUAUCAAUCGUAUGAUAACUACAAGCCGUCUUAUCCUAGCUAUGGAUACCAGAAGCCUUCCUAUGACUACAAAGCGCCUUCUUACGAAUACAAGGCUCCUUCCUACGAUUACAAGGCUCCGGCUUAUGACUACAAGCCAUCUUACGAUUCCUACAAACCAUCAUACGAUAGCUACGGAAAGUCUUACGACAACAACUACGGAUAUUCCAGCUAUGACUACAAGCCAUCUUAUCCUAGCUACGGUUACGAACAGAAAUCCUACCAGGCUCCCAGCUAUGGGUAUGAGCAGAAAUCAUACUCUUAUCCGAACUAUGGUUACGAGCAGAAGUCCUAUCCCAGCUAUGGUUAUGAACAAAAGUCCUAUCCCAGCUACGGUUACGAACAGAAAUCCUACUCCGCUCCCAGCUACGAACAGAAGUCAUAUGGUUAUGAACAGAAAUCUUAUGGCUAUCAAGAGCCAUCGUAUGGAUACUCCAAGCCGUCGUAUGGUUAUGAUGAUUAUAAGCCAUCCAGCUACCAAUCCUACUCGGCUUAUUAGGCUGGACAAUGCAGUUAGCAGUCUUUGCACUGAAGCAGCUUUCUGUGCUGCUUCCUCAAACCCCCAAACCUUGUGAUCAAUUAACUCGUUUUUUAGUUGCUUCUUUUGGAUAUCUUUAUCUUUGUACUAUGUAUCACCAAUCUUUCACUAAGCCAAAUUUUUAUACUGCGUUAUAUCCUUAAAUAUUUUUUAUACCACUGGAUGAGUUACUUUACAGCCUGUCUGCUGCAUUUUAGAUGUAAAUUUACGGUUAUGAAUUUUGGUCAGCGCUGAAUGAUAGUCCGAAUUGAAACAAAGAUGAAGUUACAUAAAUGAAAAUUGCCG